CCUCACUGGGAAAGCUACGCACAAGCGCUGUCUCCACUGAGACACAAACCAAAACGUUGCUGUUCCACUCAGAACUGACCAAGAAGCCAUGAAAUCCCUAACUGAAGGAGACUUAGAAGAUUGCCUACUGAAUAAGGUGGACUUGAGGCGUCGGUGGAUUUCCCAGAUGGUGGAAGAGGUGCAGAAAGUUGUCCAUCAUCUGACCACAGAAAUCAGCUACCAAGACAUUCGAUUUCAAGCCAUCCCUUACUCUGACACGUACAAUGAGAACAUUAAGGUUUUGGCCCCCGCCCAGCUCCUCAUCACAAUCCCGAUGAGAGGCCUAGCUGGGUACAGGGAGGCCCGGCAGCAGCGGUGGCGCUACUACACCCUGCAGGGCGCCCGGCUGCCCUGCCCUCUGCGGGACCCCGAGGGCCUGCAGCAGUGGCUGGAGGUGGAACAGUUUCUGAAGAGCCCGUGGCAGUGGCACGAGGCAGAUGUGAACAUCGAGGGAGACAUCGUGCCCGCCAAGGUCCUCCAGGUGUUCCGGAAACUGGUCGAAAACGCAGUUGAAACCUGUCAACUGUCAGGUAAGGUCAGCAUGCUAAUGGCCCGCCCUGCAGUUCGAGUUGCCGUGGAAACCUCCGCAGGUCAGGUGGAACUAGAGCUGACCCCCUCAGUGGAGAUCCCCACCACCUGGUCCAAGAAAGCCCGGUGGCCUUCGUGUCUGAAGCGCUGGCCUUCUGCAGAGAGAGUGCAGUGCAUCAAGUCAUUUGGGUUUAGCUUGUUGGCCUGUUCAAACUAUCACUGGCAGCUGAGCUUCUUGCGGGCCGAGCAGGUGCUGCUGGAGCAGCUGGAUGAGGACGGGGGCUGCCGCAGGAAGUGUUUUCAGGCCCUGAGGCAGAUGAAGGAGGAUGUCUGGUGUCCAGGGAAGAGGCCUGUGAUCACGUCCUACCACCUGCAGACAGUGCUCUUCUGGACUUGUGAGAAGUAUCCCCACCCGAAGGACUGGCGGGUCUUCAGCAGAGCGUUCCUGCGCCUGGUGAGGAAGCUGCACAAGUGCGUGAGCCAGCACUUUCUGAAACACUACUUCGUGCGGAAGAGCAACCUCCUGCGGUACGCCAAUUCAGGCGAGCUGGAUGCCCUGGCCCAGAAGCUGGCCCUCUUCCUGAAGAACCCCCAGAUCAGCCUGCCCUGAUGCUGCCCUGCCUGGGACGCUCUUGGACAUCUCACUCAAGCUUGACCUCCCUGUGGAUCGUUCCUCAGUCAGGGGCCAGGAUCCCGCCCAAGAGAGAAGCAAUGGAUGGCAGAGGAAAUUACAUCAAUCCAGCAGCACUUCAGGGGGGAAACUGUGCCCCAAGAUGUCUGGUCCAGGCCUCCCUGCAGCCAAGCAAGCAUUUCUGCCCCCACUAGCUACCUCUUCUGAGGACAGCUCUCAUCAAGCUUCCCUGAGCCAUAGAUUCUGAACUGAUGAGAGUUCUGAAUCUAUUUUCUCUUGCUCAGGCUCUGGUUGUCUGAUGGGGAGGAUGUAGAUGAGAACCCCUGGAAGGCCAGGCAUCGGCCUGAUGCCCAGGAGUGGUUCUCCAGCCCAGCGACCGCAAGCUCAUUGUUUUUUCAUUUGUAAAAUGGGGCUGUUAAUACGCCUCCCUCAGGGCAGGGCUGCGAGCCUACAGACUGUGCUGCUGCCUUUUCAAGGGGAAGGCGCUGGAUCAACACAGUGUUACCUGUUGGCUUAGUGGCCGGUGUUUGCACUCAGGAUCAGUAUCGACACCACUGAUUAAAUGAUGACAUCUGAUGGGCUGACGUGCCUGUGUUGCCCGUGUGCCUUCCAGCUCUUCUGAACGGUGGUCCAGCCUUGUGGAUCUGCCUGCUUCCCGGGUGUUCUCUAAGAAGGGAGGAGUGGUUUUGAUGAGGAGUGCAGUGAAAGGUGAAAGUGCAGUGACCCCAGUGACUGCCCUUCCUUGCUUCCCGUGCCGUGGGUCAGGGAUGGGACUUCCUUCUAUUUGUGGAAUGAACUCAGUACUGCAAUCUGCGUGGAAUGACUUCAGUGUCACUCACUUCGCGGUUCCUUCCUUUGCUCACUUGGUUCAUGUAUGCGUUGAUAAAUAUAUGCUCAUCAGGUACUGGGGAUGCAGCAAAAGCAAGAUGGACACGGACUUACUUGAUGCAGAUGAUGCCUAAUGGUAAAGACAGGAAAUGAACAACAGAAAAAAUACACAUGGUUAUUACAAACUGUAGCAAGUGCCCUGAAGGAAAUAAACAGAAUAUUGAAAUAGAGCCACAGAGAGACCCUUGAAGGAUGAAAACGCAAACAACUGAAAGGGAAGAAACGGGGGCCAAGGGCAGACUUGGAGGGGCUGGCAUGAGUCAGAUCACUUGGCCUUGUAAACCUGGUAAGGAAUUUGUGUUGUACUCUAAAAUCAGAUGUGUGACAUUUGACCUCUCCAGAAGCAGAAGGGUUUUUGAUCUGCAUUUUAAAUGCCCAUUCUGGCAACUGUGUAAAGGGAGUCUGGUGACCCACACGACGAUGGGGACACUGAAGGCCCUUGAGCCCGCCCAUUUUGAAUUUCACCGAGGUCUGCAAGGCCACACAUCCUGUGACACACACACACCAGGAGCUCUCAGGAGAUCCAGUUUCUUCUGGCACUUAUUUAUGCUACUCAAUUCAAGGGAAUCCUUUAUUACAUAGAACAUUUCCCCCAGACUUUAUAAUUUCUAAAAGUGUGAACUGCUGAUUUAUUUUUUUAAAGAAAAGGCACAUUUGAAAAUGAAAACAAUUAUUUUUACAAAAAUACUGUAACCAAGUGGUGGGGUCCUUGGACUAUCACAGAGGAAAUCGUGGUUUUAAAAUGUUGAACAAACAUACAAUUAGUUUAUAAUUUUUGAAAACAUGAAAGUAUGAGCAAACCAACAUUUUGUUAAGUCAUCAACCUGCAUUCGAAUUCUCAUAUUCUUGGAUCUUGAGAAACAUCAUUUUUGAGAAGGUGGCAGAUGUAUAUUUUUAAUGAUGAAAACUGAUGCAAGUUUUAAAACAGCUGCAAAGUCACAGAAUGCCAAAAAGUGAGUGUUGACUGUACCAUUGAUUUGAAAUGUAUGUAUGUGUAUGGAAAGGAGUCUAAUUCCAGUAGAUUCUUCCCACCUUUCCCUAUAGAUUUGUAUUUUUUGAAUGAAGCAGGGCUAUCUGCACAUUCCUGAGUGUUCCUACUGCUGGCCAGCAGAGGGCAGUGGGGGACUGCAUAUGAAAAGAGCCAGGUUCCCUCCGAUACACCGCAGAGCCCAGCAGGUGUCGCCCUCCUCAGCCCAUAAUUUACACCUGGCUUCUCCAAAAAUGGAACCAGCAACAGAGGACUUCAGCGGAUGCUGAGUUGUUGGCCUUUCCUGCCAUUUUGGCCAAAAACCACAGUCUUUCUGAUGAAAGCUCAGAUUUUAAAAGGGAGUCUAUGAGAGGACAGUCCAUCUAUUCUGUUUCCUGGGACAGACUGCACAGCUCUGAAAAGUCUAAUAAUAUAAUAUCACUCCUUUAUUCAGGAGUGAUAUAUUAUUUUUUUAUUUUAUUUUUUUAAUUCCCUAAGAGCCCUUUAUCAUUCAUCUCCACUCUUCUAGGCACCAGACUGUUUUUUAGUGGAAUAGUUGGCAUUCAGAGACUGCAAUUGAUCUGCUUGCAUUCUCAUCCCACCUCUUACACUGUUACCUGAUCCCUUUGGCAAGUUGUUCAACCUCUGAAUCUCCAUUUCUUUAUGGGCACUCUUAUGGGCUGGCUGUAUCCACCCAAAAUUCACAUGUUGAAGCCCUAACCCCCAGUACCUCAGAAUGGGACUGUAUUUAGAGCUAGGGCCUUUGAAGAAGUGAUUGUUAAAAUGAGGCCAUUAAGGUGGGGCCCUCAUCCAAUAGGACUGAUGUUCUCAGAGGAAGCGGAAAAGACACGUGCGCAGGAGUGCAAAGGAAAAAGGCCACCUGCACGCUGAGGAGAGACCGCAGGAGAAACCAACAAUGCUGGCACCUUGAUCUUGGGCUUGCAGCCUCCAGACCUGUGAGAAAAUAAUUUUCUGUUAUUUAAGCCAUGCUGUUUAAGUCUGCGGUAUCUUGUUACAGCGACCCUGCGAAAUGAAUACAUCAGAAGAGAAUAUAUACCUCACUGGUUUGAUGGGGGGAAAUAAACAGAACGAUGGAUGUACAAGGCUCUUUGUUUAGACCUGGCAUGGAGCAACUGUUGAAUAAAUGUCUAGCAUUUUAGACGCCUAC